AAUUUCAGCUGACCGCGAAAGAACACCUUUUGGGCUUCUCGGGCUUCUGUAGGAGAUUCCCUUUCCACUCUCUUUUUUUUCUGUACUCACAGCAUGGAUCCUCUCUCCAACUUUAUUUCGGUGUUUUAGUAUUAGUUUUGUGUCUCCUUGGGGUUAACGGUCUUCGUCUGGAUUCCGUAACUCAUCUAGACACCAUGUUUACCACCACGGGCUCUCGGGGCCUCUACAAGGCUCCUCUGUGUAAAGGCCUCCUGCUGGUUCUCAAUGGGCUGACUGUGAUGCUCAGCCUGCUGCCACAGUACCAAGAAUUGUUCGUAUACAACCUACAGGCUGUCACACAAGAGCACCAGGUGUGGAGGUUUUUGUGUGGCAGGCUGGUCUGUCUAGACGUGAAGGACGCCUUCUGUAGCAGCCUGCUCAUUUACAACUUCCGAAUCUUUGAGAGGAGGUUUGGCACCAGGAAGUUUGCUUCCUUCCUGUUGGGCACUUGGUGUCUCUCUGCGCUGAUGGACUUCCUGCUAGCCCAUGCUUUCCAGUUUCUAUUUGACUAUGAGGUGGAGGAACUGCCUGCAGGACUGCUCGCUCCUGUCUUCUCUCUGUUUGUGCCUUUCUACCUGUUGAUCCCCAGGAUGCCCGUCACCCAGGUCCUGGGCCACAUCCAGAUCACCAGCAAGUCUCUGGUCUACAUAGUAGGUUUGCAGCUGUUGACUUCCAGCCCCUUCAUGUGGCUCCUUGCACUCAGUGGAGUGAUCUCAGGCGGACUGUACCACUCCAAUGUCCUCUGGUUACAGAAGCUCCUCUUUGUACCCACCUGGGUGUCUUGUAUUGGACGGUAUAUUCUGGAGCCACUCUUCUCAAGCUCCCAACCAAGCACUGAGACGCCCCUGGGGAUGGGUGCCACUCUGGACAUCCAGAGGCAGCAAAGGAUGGACCUGCUCGACCAACAGCUGCUGCUGACCCAAUACAACGAGGCCAGGAGGAACACCAGACAACAGCCACAGUCUGGGUUGUUACAGUGGACCAGGUUGUUCCCCUCCCUGAGACAUAGAGGACAGAACCGACCCCCAAUGCAGCCCCACCCCCAGGCUCAGACACACCCAUCCACACAGCCACCACUAUUGGACAACUCUCCUGUCGCAGAGGAGCAGGUUGCACGGUUGGUGGAAAUGGGCUUUUCUAGGAUUGAUGCCCUCGAGGCCCUCAGAGCUUCAAAUAACGAUAUCAACAUGGCAACCAACUUCCUCUUGCAACACUGAGAGAGAGAGAGAGCUCAGUGAGAAAAACAGAGGUGAAUGAGGACAGAGAGAGAAAGCAGGAAGAAAAGCAACCAAAGCAGAGGAGCAAAAAGCAAAACAGAGAAAAUGUUGGAGAGAAUGAAAGACAGUGAAUGAGGGAGAUAUACUGCCUGAUUUUUGUACAGAAAAUCUGAAGGCUGUGUCACUGCUCCCUGAAGCAGUGUUGGGCUGACUCAACCUGAACUGAGCCCGAUAGCAGGCUGAUUAAUGAAGAAUUGCACAAAGUGGAAGAUAUUUGCAUCAUAGCUUUCUGAUGGCUGUCGUCGUGUGAAACAGGCGCCAUUGCUAAAGGCACAUGAGUUAGACCAAUAACUCCAAGGAGUUCCCUUUGAAAAGUAUACAGAAACCAAACAGGUCAGAGCUUUCCUCACAGUAUCUCAAAAACACUAGUCUUCAGUCCAGUGGAGGAAAGAUAAAGUGGGUUAUUUGUUCAAAACGGAACUGAUGCUGAAGCACACAAAUCAACUGCGAUCCCACACACCCUCCACAUGGAUACCAUCUUAUAGCUGUGUGAAAUAGAGUUUUAUAUAACCUACUGUCAUGUACUGUCACACUACUUCCAAAAUGGCUACUGUAUAACCAGCAUCUUAGACCCUGAUAACUGGUUUGAGAUAAGAAUGACAUGGAAAAUAGCUAAAGAAAAAGGUGCACAAGGUUUUUGAGACAAUGGAUCAGAAAACAUUAUGUCGCCUGUCAGGUUUCCAUCUCAUAUUGGAUAAAGUAAAAUUGUUUUUGUUAAGGAUUUUAGGCCAUCCGCUCUUGGACAGUUUAUGUCCAAAGUAUUGUUAUAUUUAACUCCAUGAGGAGGUGCAAAGGUCAUAAUUACAACUUCAGAAUUUCUGAUUAAAGAAUUCAUGAACAAAAUAACCUUUACCAUGAUUUUAUUACACAAUUGUUAUUUCUUUUAUGUUGGCAGUGUCUCAUGGAAGUAGCAGGGCUCAGCCCUUUCCUGCUUGAGAUUUUUUAACAAAGCAGUUAGCCUGUCUGACAGCUACUGUAGGAGCCACAUUUUGUUCAGAGCUGACUGGUUUGGCCCAUUUUAAACUCUACAACUACAUUGUUGGUGACAGACAGGGCUGUUUGGCAGGAUACAGGUUAGAUGGGCUAUUUCAGGGUCUGUUAAUGAUAUAAACACAUAUACAGACAUGAAUGCACAUACACAGAUGCACAGUAGCCCUUCGAGGAGGUCAUGUCUCACAUUUCAUGCUCUCAAAUGCAUAUGCACACACUCCUCAAGGUUUUGUUUAUUCUGUCUUAACUGAGUUUUGAGUUUUUUUCUGCCAGCACACAUGUCUGAAUCAUAGCAGGUCUUAAAAGACCAGUGAUAUUUAUUAUGCAAUAUCAUGACAAGAGACAUUUAUGGAACUUAUGCACUGCAUAGUAACUACUUUGUGUAUAUAAAUGUGCAAAAAUGUGUGCAAGAGAAGUAAUAUUGCAGCCACUGUGUAUUGAUGUCAAAGACAUGCUAGUUUUAUAUUUUGUGCAUAAUAAUGUUGAUAAUAUAAGACCACUCAGAUCAGUCUGUCAUUUGUGUGUAUGUAUUUUUUAGAGUGAUAUAAUAGUAUAUGGGUGUGAUGAGAGAGUUGUUGCAUGGAUAACUUUCUGAUGAACUGUAAUGACUCAUAUUUGAUCUGUGGAAUAAAUCAAAGGAAAUCAGGAAAUUCA